CCCGCCCGCGGGGCCGGCCGCCUGUCAGAGGGAGGUGGCGAUGGAGCGCCCGGUGGCGGCAGCGGCAGCGGCAGCGACAGCUUCCUUGGUCGGACGGCAGGGAGAAGAUGACUGACCGACCGACUAGAUGAAUGAAUGAAUGGCGGAGCCGAGCGCGCCAUGAGGAGCCUGCCAAGCCUGGGCGGCCUCGCCCUGUUGUGCUGCGCGGCCGCGGCAGCCGCUUCAACAGCCCCGGCGGGGAAUGUCACUGGUGGCGGCGGGGCCGAAGGGCAGGUGGUCGCGUCGCCCAACCCCGGGCUGCGGGACCAAGCCAGCCACCCCUUCCCUAAGGCCGAGGCUCCCACGGCGCAGGCCCCGCGGACCGGCCCCCCGCGCACCACGAUCCGCAGAACUGGGGCUGCGACCCCGUCAGCCGGCUACCUGGAGACCUCUCCUCUCCGCACCACCGCAGGACCGGCUGCCACCCCCUUCCCGGUCCUCAGCCCCUCACCCGCCACCCCUUCGGAGGAAGGACGCACUCAGGCCACCGAAUCACCGCCCUCCAGACCCGCGCCCACCACCCUUGCGAGCACAGCUGGCCAGGCGCUGACCACCUCUGUAGUCACCACCGCUCAGGCUCCCAGCACUCCCGGGACGACGGCCGCCGAGUCUCAGGACAGUAGCAGCAGCGGCAGCAGCAACAGCGUCCCGCCCACCGCACCUGCCACCGAAGCCCCUGCUCCGCCUACCCCAGAGUAUAUGUGUAACUGUUCUGAGGUUGGAAGCUUGGAUGUGAAACGCUGCAACCAGACCACAGGGCAAUGUGAUUGUCAUCUGGGUUAUCAGGGACUUCACUGUGAAACCUGUAAAGAGGGCUUUUACCUGAAUCACACUGUUGGUCUCUGUCUGCCAUGUCACUGCAGUCCACAUGGAGCCCUUAGCAUCCUCUGUAACAGUUCUGGGAAUUGCCAAUGCAGAAUAGGUGUCACCGGCUCCAUGUGUGACCAAUGCCAAGACGGACAUUAUGGCUUUAGUAAGACAGGAUGCUUGCCCUGUCAGUGCAACAACCGGUCUGUUAGUUGUGAUGUUCUUACAGGUGCUUGUUUAAACUGCCAGGAAAAUAGCAAAGGGGAUCACUGUGAAGAAUGCAAAGAAGGAUUUUAUCAGAGUCCCGAUGCUACUAAAGAAUGUCGUCGCUGCCCUUGUUCAGCAGUGACUUCUACAGGCAAUUGCACCAUAGAAUCUGGUGAAUUGGAGCCUACAUGUGUCCAGUGUAAAGAUGGUUACACAGGCCAGAACUGCAAUCAAUGUGACAAUGGCUAUUACAAUUCUGACAGCAUCUGCACACCAUGUGAAUGCCAUGGCCAUGUGGACCCAACUAAUACUCCAAAGAUUUGCAAGCCUGAGAGUGGUGAGUGCAUCAACUGCCUUCAUAACACCACUGGGUUCUGGUGCGAGAACUGCCUAGAAGGCUAUGUUCGAGACCUUCAGAGAAACUGCAUCAAGCAAGAAGUUAUUGUUCCAACUCCUGAAGGUUCUACCAUUUUGGUUUCCAAUGCCUCUUUGAGCACAUCAGUGCCCACCCCUGUUUUAAAUAGUACAUUUGCCCCCACAACCCUGCAGACUAUCUUUUCAGUAAGCUCUUCUGAGAACAGCACCUCAGCUCUUGCUGAUGUAUCAUGGACCCAGUUUAACAUCAUCAUUUUGACAGUCAUCAUCAUUGUGGUAGUGCUGCUAAUGGGAUUUGUAGGAGCUGUGUACAUGUACCGAGAGUACCAAAACCGGAAACUCAAUGCUCCCUUUUGGACCAUCGAGCUGAAAGAAGACAAUAUCAGUUUCAGCAGCUACCAUGACAGCAUCCCUAAUGCAGAUGUGUCAGGAUUGUUGGAGGAUGAUGGCAAUGAAGUGGCUCCCAAUGGGCAACUGACCCUGACAACACCCAUUCAUAACUACAAAGCCUGAGGAGCUGAGCUGUUUUCCUGGAUUGUCAGAACACAUGCUCACUAAAACAGCAUCUGCCCUCUAGCCACACAGAAUCUGGGUAGAGUUUGCUGAGAAUGGUGUCGUGUGAAUAAACUGUUCAGGUACAAACUGUAGUGCGCUUAGCCUGUGUGUUGCUCUUAAUUCCCCAUGAAGAUCUGAAGCACUCAUCAUCUUGAGGACUUGAAGUAAAGUAUAUUUUUGUAGCAAACCACAUGUGUGUAUGGAAAGGCUGAAUCCCACAGAGCGGCCUGAGUCUACCUGGCCUCUCAAUAGACUGCUGGGAAAGUGUUCACCUCAUCAGCCAUGACAGAAUGAUGAUUUGGAGGGAAAAGGCUGGUGGAAGACUUCAUCUCCAUUUUGGAAACAUUUUUUAAAGGCGAGGCAGGGAUUAAGUUUAUUUUAUUGUACUAAGACAUAUAACUGAGGAAAAGCUGGUAUCUAGGCUAUACCACAGUAAAAAAAAAAAAAAAAAUCUUGAUUGUGUUGUAAAAAAGACUAAGGGUAAAAAAGUCCCAAAAGAAUCUGUAGAAGAGCUUUCCUCCCAAGAGUCUCCUUCAAGGAUGGGAUUAAAGCACAGGAUAAGCUUCUGUGGUGAGGGCAGGCACAGCAUCCAGAGAGCAGAAAGUUGAUGGACCUCCUCAGGGGAGGUUCCUGCCUCUAAAGAAACAAGGUGUACAUAAUUAAUGUAGUAUAUCUGCUCAACAUUGUACUUGUAUCUAUUUGUAAAAAAAAACCAUGUCCUAUUUUAUCAUCUAGACUCUAUCUGUACAGCUGUUAAUGGUGUUGUAAAAAGAAGAUAUAGAAAAUUGGUUAAAAUACUGUAAAAUAGGUAGCAAUUUUGCUAAAGCUGGGACUCUGGUGAGUAUCAGUCAUUUUAGUCCCUGUUUGGACACUGUUGAAAUUUAUAAAAGAUCAAAUGUUUUUAAUCUUUCCUCUCUCAACCUAGAGUCGUAUGUCUUUGACUUACUAUAGAUUCAAGCAAUAGAUUUUGAAGGCUGCAAUUGUUAAGCUAGAACACAGGCUACAUUCUCCGGACUCACCAAAUUAGCCACACUGUGUUUUACAAUGUUUGUUGUAAACAUCCUCAGGAAAAGACUUCUUUCCUGAAUGUAAAAGACAGUCUUCCAAAGGAUAAGAAAUGUUAAAUUAAAAAAGAAAAGCCAUCACAUCACUUGGGGUCCCUCGUUUUGUUUGUUUGUUUUGUUUUGUUUUUUAUGCCCAUCAAAUAUUUAUGUGCCUCCCAUAACCUCCAAAGUACAGGCCUCUGACAUUUGGGCAUAAUCUGUCACCCACACAUCAUAAGGUAUGUUUGGCUUCUCAGUGUUAGAGUUCAUUAUUCUUCAUGUCUGGGCCUAGGGUCACUCUGAUUGGGUGUGUAUUUAGUUCUUGCUUUUGAUACCAUUUUUCCGUGAGGCCAAUUACUACUUCUUUUAUGUGAUAUGACUAUGAAAUAGUUAGGAAAAAUGAAAACAGAGGCGACAUAGGAAAUUCAGACUCCUUUGCUUAAUUUCCUCAGAUAGAAAAACAUAAAUUUUGGUCAUUCUCAGUAGGAGACCCCCACCUUUUUCUCAGGGUUUGGAGAUGACUGUAGACUAGAGGAUCCGUAGGUAACCUGAAGGUGCUCUGCAUAUUUGGCUGUCUUUAUGAAAGUAGACAUUAUAUUUCAUUGUACUGAAACUAUUUACAUGUAGCUGAUUGAUUGCAUUUGAGUCUAUGGGUUUAAUCCCAAGAAUUACAGAAUAUAUUAAUAUUUUUAUUGCUCUGUCAUAUACAAAACACUUUUCCAUGUGUUUUCUUUGAGCCUCACCAUAUCCUCCUUAGGAAGUAGUCUUGUACCCAUUUUAUAGAUGAAGAAACUGAGAUACAGAGAGGUUAAAUUGUUCAGGAUUAUAUAAUGUGUAUCAUUAUUAUUCUUGGAAUCAUUCUUACAUCUACUGAGUAGACAUUUGGCUCUGUGAUAACAUAUAAAUCUACUAGCCAUGAGCCCUAGAAAACUGGAAUGAGGAUUCCCAUUUGUGGAUGCUUCUAAUAGAGCCUCUGUAUGCUCUUGAGUGUGCUUACUCCCCUGUGUGUGAGGGGGAGGGUUGUCUCGCAGAUACAAUUUCAGGGCCACAUAGUUACAAAGGACUUUGUGGAAAGAACACAGGAGAAUUUCAAUCUAAAGUCAGGAUUCAUGAUGAGAAAGCAAAGCUGCCAAUUAUUCUUUAUUAAAAUGGUGAAUUCCUGUAAUGGGGAGGGGAGUGGUGAGACUUUUCCUAGAAGUUGUAGCACAAUUGUGUGUUGACUGUACAUCACACAAUUCCAAAGCAUUGUGCACAGUGAUUGCCUCCCCAAUACUCCAUCUUCUGCCAAGAAUAAAGGUAAGGAGAUAAAAAACAAACAUUUUUAAAAACAGAUACUUAAUAAAUAAAUAAUAAGGAGUGUUUGUAUGAGUCUAAGAGCUAAAGUCAAAUAGUUAAGAUUCCAGUUUAAUAGCGAUUCCCUGAAACAAAUCUUAAGAGCUAACACAGAAACUAAAUCACAAAUGUUUAUCCAAGUACCUGUUAAUGACUCCGAAGUCAUGUUCUUGAUUUUUCACAAUGAAGAAAAGUAUAGCCUUAAAAUGUGUUUUAAAUAACAUUUUUAGGGACCCUAGUGCUCUGCUUGUAGAAAUAAUUCUACUCUAAAGGUAACCAUGAGGUGAUCUCUCUUUGAAAGUAGAGUAGAAAACCAGUGUAAAACAAAACACAGUGCAGGGUUUUCAUUCCUCUGGAGGCAUCACCAACCAGCACCAGGAGUUCUCUGGAAAGCCUAGUGUUGGAACAAUUUUUGUCUAAGGAUUGAAAAAAAUGUUCUUUUUAAUAUAUAUUACCUACAUGAACCUUACUGAGACAUGAUCAUCACUGGUAUGAAUGAACUGAUGCUUGCAUCUUCAUUAGCUCAUCUUAGCCUUGUGCAUUUCUUUCUUUUUUCUUUUUUUCCUUUUUUUUUCUUUUUGGAAGAGACAGAGUCUUUGCAUAUUUUUAUUUCACAAGUAUAUUACUAAAACAAUUUUGGGACAUUCCUAAGUACUCACACAAAGGUGUGUUCAUAUCCAUUAUAUAAUCAGCCAUAGGUCAUGCUUUAUCUAUAAAGAAUGAAACCAGUGCAUUUAGAAUGAAACCAGUGCAUUUCUACUAGGUAGAUGUGAUAGUGUCAAGCAUGUCUUUGACCUCCUUUAUCACCACUGUCCUCCACAUUGCUUCCCAGGGCUCUCAUUUACAGUUUUUCCAACUACAGAGAAAGCAAAAUGAUAAUAAAAUCUCUUAUUUAUAUGAAGGUCUUAUGGACUCAGUGCAUCAUUUUUCCCAGGGAUAGUUGGAUUUUAAGAGAGGGCAACAGGACAGACAUGGGCUGGGAAGAUAUAUUUCUUUUAACAACACUAAAUCCCAAAAGGUAACACUUUUCUCUACUCCCAAUAUUCCUAGAAUCAUUAAUCAUCAAAGCAAUACUCACAGAUAUACUAGUUAAUUUGGGUUAUCUGAUCAUCAAGAUAUUGUGUUUUAGAACAGAGUCAAUUGGAGCUUGAUUAUGUAUCAUUUACCCUGGUCCAUUUUGUUUUGUUUUUCCAUGCUUGUAAAUGUAAGAUUAAUUCUAAUGACUCUCAAGAUUCUUAUAUUUUGAAGUAGUAUGUGGAUAGGAGUUGGGUUUCUUCAUUUCAUAAGAAAAUCUCUCUGACAAAAUAUUCAGAAUAAAUUAAAAGAAUUCAGUGAAAUUGUUAGGUCAACAGAAAUCUUAGUGACCAUGCACACACACACACACACACACACACACACACGACAAAACAAAAAAAAUUAAAAAAAAAUUAGUUGCUUUUGACAGCAAAUGGUUUAGGGGCUGAAAUGAGUUUGGUGUCCAUGUGCAGAGCUGGGGGAGGUGAUAGGAGGUUAAUUUGUCUUUUUCUUUCACCCUGAGCCAGUGGCUAUGCCAUGGGGAGAAGCAGGAAGGAGACAGUGAUCAAUCUGAAGAAGUCAAAUAAUAUCAUAUGGCUAAAGGUUAUGGAUCAUUAAAAUGGAAGUGGUUUGAAUGAUACUUUUCCAAAGGUAUCAAGGAUCUUCCUUGUUGCUUAUACAUACGCAGAAACUUUAGCUGCCCUGGAGUCAGUGAGCCCAGAGCUUCAGAUUCACGCUAAGCCAAAGCUACGUGACUUCUAGUCGACUUUUAAUGCUAGGCACAAGCUCUCUGUACUCUUAAAUUUCGGCCCAGUCAAUUAGAGAAUGUUUCAAAAAAUUAAGCUUGUAUUUAUGUCACUAAAUCCUAACCCAAAAUCUAAAAACAUGUCUCCUAUGUGUGCUGUACUAGGCUUCAUGAUGCAUUUCUAAAGUUGUGUAUGAUUUGAAUAUAUGAAAGAAUUUAUACAAGAGUGUUAUUUAAAAUUAUUAAUAAAUGUAUAUAAUUUGUACCUAU